UCGAUAAGCACGUAAAUAAAUUUCAUUUUUUUUUCUUCAAUCCUCCUCUGCUUCAACUCCCUUCUCCGCCUCCACCUCGGCGUCGUCCUCCUCCUCCUCUUCGAUCUCUCCUCCCCAUUUCCACGCGGAGGGGAGGCCUCGGCGCAAUAAAGGCGGCGCCUUUGCUCUGCCCCUCCCCGGCAUGCGGAGCUAGCCUCGCGGCUGGGGCCCACGCCAUGCAGACCACCGGGCCCGCAUCGCCGGAGCAGCCGCCGGCCUUGGAGCCGGCCGAGGCGAAGGUGGAGGAGGGGGCGCAGGCGAAGGAGGAAGAGGGGGAGGAGGAGGUGGUGAAGGCGGAUGGCGAGGGCGAGGAGGGGGAGCAGGAGGAGGAGAAGGGAGGGAGGGGAGGCGGGCGGUCGCGGCGCCGGCGCGGCGGCGCCGGGGGGGACGGCGCCGUGGUGAUGGUGAAGCGGGAGCUGCUCGCGCGCUGCAUGACUUGCCCGCUGUGCCGCCGCCUUCUCCGCGACGCCACCACCAUCUCCGAGUGCCUCCACACAUUUUGUAGAAAGUGUAUCUAUAAGAAGCUCAAUGAUGAGGAUCUAGAUCAUUGCCCAGUAUGCAAAAUUGAUCUAGGAUGCACUCCUGCCGAGAAGCUUAGAGCUGAUCACAAUAUACAAGAUGUGAGGUCAAAAGUUUUUCCAUUCAAAAGAAAGAAGAUUAAUGCUGAAGAAGCCGAAUCUCCCAUUACGCUACCUAUUAAAAGGAAAGAGAGGUCUAUCUCUUCGUUGGUGGUAAAUACACCUAGAAUAACACCAGCGGGUUCGACAGGGCGGCGAACAAGAGCGGUUACCAGGAAGGCUGCUGCAUUACGUGGCCUUGGUCCUAUCAUUGCGGAUCCUUUGAAAAAGGAUAGUGAUAACUCUAAUAAGAAAACUGAAAAUUCAAGCUUGCUAGAUAGUUUGAGCAAAAUGCCUCAAACAAGAAGACAGGUAUUGUCAAAUGGGGAUACAUCAAGUCAUCCCUCUGGUAAAGAUAAAGCUGGUGAUAGUAAGGACUUGGAUAAGGCAGAGCUCUGGAAACCUUUGAAUUGUCUUGUAGAGGCUGCAAGCAAAACAAAGCCCCGGACAAGUGCACAGAGUCCAGCUUUUAAGGGAGAUAAGCCCAGUGAAUCUCCCAUUAGUGAACAUUCUAGCAGAACAAAGGCUAGGGAGCCUCCCCAGAAGUCCAAAGUUGAAGAUGACAAGAAGGAUGAUCCUGAGCCAAUAGUGCUGCUUAGAAAGAAAGGGCCUGGUCGGAAGAGGAAACAUCCCCUACCUUCAGCAAAUGCUGCUUCCAGUGCUGCAGCUAUACAGAAUGGGAAGAAAUUCAUCCCAAUAUGGUUUUCAUUAAUUGCCUCGUUUGACCAGAAAGGCGAUCCUCCCUUGCCUCAGAUACCUGCCCACUAUUUGAGAAUAAAGGAUGGAAGCAUACCUGCAUCAUCCAUCCAAAAGUACAUUAUGCAGAAGCUCAGUCUUCUAAGCGAAUCUGAGGUUGAAAUAAGCUGCUGUGGCCAGUCAGUGAAUCCUGCACAACCUGUGCGCAACUUGGUGGAGCGAUGGCUGAGGGUUGGCCCCGUGCGACCUCUGCAAACGGUGAUAGGCUCCUCCGGGGGAGAUUAUGUGAUGGUGAUAAGCUAUGGGCGGCCAAAGUCUGCAUAAUCUUAAAUUAUACAAUGGUCAACCUGGGGAUCUCCUAGUUCGGACAGGGUCGCGCUGCCCCCUGGGAAGGUCACCAAAGAUGAAGGGUUUGAGCGUCAAUAUAUAUACUCAUCAAUGUAGCUAGUUGCUCAGCACUCUGCAGAACCAGCCCUCGCUGUUGUAUUCAUCCUCUCACUGAUGCUGCUAGAUGGUGUUCUGUUCUUUAAGAAUUUGUUUGUUCUUUCGUUGUCAUUAUACAGAUGUGAUGGAACAUGAAAGUCGUUGUAAUAUGGAGUUUGGUCGGCUGUGAGAAUUGACGUUUAGGACUUUAGGUUGGAUAAACAGAGGUCAGAUCGUUAACCUGCAUCUGGAAGUUGGGAGCGAUGAAUUGCUACAAGGGACUGCAACUUCUCCAGUUUUCAACUCUUUUUUUUCCCUUUUUGAAAAAUAUGUAAUGUAGUUUCUUUAGUUUUCCUGAACUGAAUUGCUGUAACACCCUGCUAUGAUUUAUUCGGAUCGAGGAAGUGGAUAUCGAACUGCUCUUGUGUCU